UCGAAACGUAAGUAGUACAAUGGAAGGAGGAGAUACCAAGAGGCAGAAGACGACGGUUCACAUGGAGAAGGUAGAGAACAAGGAAACAUCUGAAUCAGGAUCAGUCGAUUUCGCAGAACUACGUGACGAUCUCUUCCGUGAAGCAGCAAAACUUGUCUCCGACGUUCCCUCCACCAAAAUCGCCAUCUUCCUUACCCGUCCUCCUUCCGAAUCUAUGGACUCCUUCGGCUACCCUUCUGUCAAUGGCGUUGUUAAAACUUUCCUCGAGGAUAACUCUUCCGACCCAGCACCAGCGGAUGACGCAGAGGAGGAUUCCGAGAAUGAAGAGGAAGAGGAAGAGGAAGAGGAUGAUGCCUCUUCGUCUCAAACUCAGAGGUUUUGGUGGGAAGAUGCUAAGCAAUUCGAAUCAAUGAAUCCGGAGGAGUUGGAGGCUGCGUAUGAUACGUUGGCGAGGCUAAGUCACGAACUCGACGCCAGAUUGCGAUCUCAAGGUUCUGGUAGUCAGCAGCAUCUUCUUGGUAACGACAGAGCUCAACCCAAGCCCUAAGGCGGCUGAUGCAUUUUCAAUUCUAUUUUUUAGCUACGUUGAUAUUGUUCGCAAUUCUAGUUGCAAGCUAUGGUGGUCGUAUUAGAAGUUUCGUGUCCAGACUAGGUUUAUUUGAUUAUCAUACGGCUUGAUUUUAACAUCAAUGUGUUCUUAUGGCUUUCAAUUUUCAUUGUGGUUUUCCAUGGAUCAGACAAAACAUACUUACGGCUUAAAAACAGAGGAAUGAGAAUCAUAUUUUUUCUA